AUGGGAGGCCUGCGAGGAAUGCGCGUGGCCGCCUACUGGCUCAUGAAGCCAAACGGCUCGCUGGAGACUGUGCUCGCGCAGGUUGACCGUGCGGCAGAGCUGGCCAAACAAUACAACUCAAAACUCACUCCGGACCGCCGCCUCGUUGGCGUCAAGGUCAUCUGCGACGGCACCAUCGACGCCUGCACUGCUUCUAUCACCACCCGGCUCUCCUCCGCGCAUGGCCUCGCCUGGUUGGUGAAGCGCGGCGCGAGCGAGCGUUUGUUUGCCUAUCGCGAGUUUGCUGACGAAGGUGCGCCUCUGGCCCUGGGUUCCGACGCCUCGACUGCUCCGCACCAUCCCCUGCACAACCUGUACGUCGCCACAGCAAGACGUUCAAUCAGCGAGCCUGAGCUGCAAACCGCCGUGAAUCCCGAAUUUGCUCUCACCGUCUCUCAAGCCGUUGCAGGGGCUACCCACGGAGCUGCCCACUCGACUUUUGCGGAUCAGUGGACGGGAAGCUUGACGGCGGGGCUGAAGGCGGAUUUUGUGGUUUGUGACGUGAUUGUCGCGCCAGAAGAGAUGGCAAAGGGCGUGGCGACGGAGACGUGGUUCGAGGGUAAGACGGUAUAG